AAUUGAGAGAAAUCAAAGGAAGUAGAGAUGAGAAGAAAAUAAUGAAAAAGAGAGAAGAAAGUUGUAGAGAGAGAGGAGCAAAACCUGUCUCGUGAAGCAGCAGGUGAAGGGAAGGAAAAGGAAAUAAAAGCUCUUUCUCUUCUUUCGUCCACUCUCUUUCUCUCCUUCCCAUCUCUGUAAUGUAAAACCCCCCCUCUCUCUCUCUAAUUCUCUCAACGCUCGCAUUCAUUCUUUGCUUCUUCCUUUUAAAUCACGAGAUCCCCGUCUCUCUUUCUCUCUCCUCCCUUCUCUCUCUUUCUCUCACCAUCUGUCAAUCUCUUUCCCCAUCUCUACAUGUCUUCCUCAACACUUCUCUGUUUCUGUUACACUCCCUAUUGUAUUGGUUGGUGGUCUUGUUGCUUCUGCGACAGACAUUACUGAGAAAGAGAGGAAAAACAAAACGGAAACCUAGAGAGAGAAAGUGAGAGAAAAUCAAUCAAGUCCCCCCCUUUUAAUUUAGUUUCUUGGUUCAAAAAUGUCGCAUUCUGAGAAACCCAUUUCAGAACUAGGGUUUGAUACACUUACCGAUCGGUUUCGCCACUCACUAACAUGUGACAAUAGCGCGAACACGAACAAGCCAGACUUCAGAGAGCUCGAUCUGGGCUCGCCGGUGUCUCCUUUGCGGACUCGGACGAGUGGACCUGCCGCGAGUGGGCUCACCACCACCAGCAGUAGUUCGAGCUCAUCCGGAUCCACAUCCGGAAGGAAUGGACCCAACACGGUCGCCAAAAGAUCUGAUUCCGGAGGUAACAACCACUCCGGCGAGCUAUCGGGGUCUGUAGAAAGUUCCCCUACGGCUGCCGAGAGCGUACGGUCCGCCGGUGGCUCUCGUGGAUUCAGACCGUCUCACCGCCGCUCCGAUUCGGGUGGUUCCCACCCAUUAAUCUAUUCUGGUGGGAGCUCGGUGAAUUCCCCGGCCGUCAAUGUACUUCCCACCGGUAAUAUAUGCCCGUCUGGGAAGAUAUUGAAGACUGGGAUGAUGGCGAGUCGGAGCUCAAAGACUGAUGUUUUGGGUUCAGGAACGGGCAAUUACGGCCACGGAAGCAUAAUGCGGGGUGGCUGCGCCACCAAAUUGGGCGGAGGAGGUGGUGGCGUAGAAGGAAAUGUUGCAAGUGUCGCAACUUCGCGGGGUUUAGGUGGUGGGGAUUUAGUGAAGAGGGCAAUGUCUAGUAUGGAUCCGGAGGUGGUGAAGAGGGCAGGCAAUGAGCAAUACAAAAUGGGGCAUUUGGCUGAGGCUUUGAGUUUGUAUGACCGGGCAAUUGCGAUAUCGCCGGCCAAUACGACUUACCGGUUCAACCGGGCGGUGGCAUUGACGGGUCUCAAGCGGUUGGCAGAGGCGGUGAGAGAAUAUGAGGAGGCCAUUAGGUUGGAUUCGGGAUAUGGGAAGGCACAUCAUCGUUUAGGGUCUCUUAUUCUCCGUCUAGGACAGGUUGAAAAUGCCAGGAGGCACCUUUGUUUACCAGGACACCUGCCAGAUGAAAAUGAGUUGCACAAGUUGCAAGCAGUUGAGAUGCAUAUAAGCAAAUGCACCAAUGCCCGGAAGAUUGGUGAUUGGAGAAGUGUACUGAGGGAAGGUGAUGCUGCCAUUUAUGCUGGAGCUGACGCUUCUCCUCAGCUACAUGCAUGUAAAGCCGAAGCCCUUUUGAAGCUCCACCAACUGGACGAUGCUGAUUCGUGUCUGUCAAAUGUUCCUAGAUUUGAGCCAUCUACUACCUCGUGCUCACAGACAAAAUUUUUUGGAAUGCUUUCUGAGGCAUACCCGUUCUUUGUCAGAGCCCAAAUAGAGAUGGCUUUGGGAAGGUUUGAGAAUGCAGUGGCAGCUGCGGAGAAAGCAGGGCAGAUUGACCCCCGUAACUUUGAAAUUUCUGUUCUGCUCAACAAUGUGAGGUUGGUGGCAAGGGCUCGUGUCCGUGGCAAUGAUCUCUUUAAAUCCGAACGAUACACUGAAGCUUGCUCAGCUUAUGGUGAAGGCCUCAGGGUUGAUCCUUCAAACUCCAUUCUAUAUUGCAAUAGAGCAGCUUGUUGGUAUAAGCUUGGACUGUGGGAGCGAUCUGUUGACGACUGCAAUCAAGCUCUCCGAAUCCAUCCCAACUACACCAAAGCCCUUCUGCGAAGGGCUGCCUCAAACAGCAAGCUUAAUCGGUGGGCUGAAGCCGUCAAAGAUUAUGAGAUCUUGAGGAGGGAACUCCCAGAUGACAACGAAGUUGCAGAAUCAUUGUUCCACGCCCAAGUUGCAUUAAAGAAAUCCCGUGGGGAAGAAGUUUAUAAUAUGAAGUUCGGUGGGGAAGUAGAGUUAGUAUCAGGUCUUGAGCAGUUCAGAGCUGCAAUUUCUUCACCUAGCACUUCUGUAGUCCAUUUCCAAGCAGCAUCUAACCUGCAAUGCAAGCAGUUAUCUCCUGUCCUCAACACUCUGUGUAGUCGUUAUCCUUCCAUAAAUUUUCUGAAGGUGGAUGUGGAAGAGAGCCAAGCGGUUGCAAAUGCUGAAAAUGUGAGGAUUGUUCCGACAUUCAAAAUUUAUAAAAAUGGCAGCAGAGUGAAGGAGAUGAUCUGCCCUAGUCCAGAGGUGUUGGAGUCCUCUGUGAGGCAUUAUAGUUUCUAGACACAUUACUGUAUGUACUUCUGUUCGUCCGCCUUUACUUGUUCCAUUUUCUUCUUGCUGCUGAAUCCAGCCCUGACGGGAAGUCUUCCUCAGCCCUCUCAUCUUACCACCCCUCCCCCCACCAUACAAGGUUCACCAAUUAUCUGUGACAUAAUCAGAACUACAUAAUAAUCGAUUAGCAGCCAAUGUCAGGGGAGCCCAGAGAGAUAGCAUAGUUCCGUUUCACAGUUCUUAUUUAUUCAUUCGUUCACCAUUGCUCUCUGGUCCCAUCUUCCUCACAUUUCUUUUCUUUUUUCUCCUAAACUUCUUUUUACCUUUUCACUUUUAAUGUAGGCCGGCCUCGUUUUGGUAUCUCCAUGUUUCAUUGAGAGAAGAAACGGAGAAAUAUGUAAACUGAUUAAUCUGGUUUUUAGAGCAAGAGAGAGAGAGAGAGAGGGCUGGCUUUUAGAGGAGGCUGUGUACUAUGUACAUGUAUAUAUAUGAAGAUAUAUACAAAACCAUUGGAGGCCAUUGAGGGAGAUUUGAUGUCUGGUGGAAACUUACUGGGUUAGUGAAAGAAGGAAGAAUAUGUUGAUGUUAUUGAUAUUUUGUUCCUUUUUGUUCAACCCUUUCAUCAAUAAAAAAAUCUCAAUUUUUUAUUAA